GCCAAGAUGGCGGCGGCGGGCGGUGGGCGCGGGCGGGCGGCGGCGCCCUGAGGAGCCGAGCGCGGCCUCGCGGGGCUCCCGGGGCCCGGCCCGGGCCGCCCCCGCCGCCAUGGCCCGCCUGGCGGACUACUUCGUGCUGGUGGGAUACGACCCCGGCAAGCGCGGCAGCGGGGAUGGGCAGGGCCAGAUCCUGCAGCGCUUCCCGGAGAAGGACUGGGAGGACAACCCCUUCCCCCAGGGCAUCGAGCUGUUCUGCCAGCCCAGCGGGUGGCAGCUGUUCCCCGAGAGGAACCCCCCGACCUUCUUCGUGGCCGUGCUGACCGACAUCAACUCAGAGCGGCACUACUGCGCCUGCUUCACCUUCUGGGAGGCUGUGGAGAGCCCUCAGCCCCAGAGCCACGCCAGGAACGCUGAGGGCGAGGAGGAGGAGGAGGAGGAGGAGGAGGAGGCUUCAUCCCCCGUGCAGCCUGCCCAGCUGUUCGCCCCCAAGAGCCUGGUGCUGGUGUCACGGCUGGACCACGCCGAGGUGUUCCGGAACAGCCUGGGGCUCAUCUACACCAUCUACGUGGACGGGCUGAGCGUGUCCCUGGAGAACGUCAUCGGGAACCUGCUGACCUGCACCAUCCCCAUCACGGGGGGAGCGCAGAGGACGAUCUCUCUGGGAGCCGGGGACAGGCAGGUGAUCCAGACCCCCAUCAAUGACUCUCUGCCUGUCAGCAGCUGCAGCGUGGCCCUGCUCUUCCGACAGCUGGGCAUCACCAACGUGCUGUUCCUGUUCUGCGCCGCGCUGACCGAGCACAAGAUCCUGUUCCUCUCCAGCAGCUACCAGAGGCUGACGGACGCCUGCCGGGCUCUCCUGGCUCUCAUGUUCCCCCUCAAGUACAGUUUCACCUACGUGCCCAUCCUGCCUGCCCAGCUCCUGGAGGUGCUGAGCACCCCCACCCCCUUCAUCAUCGGCGUCCACUCCAUCUUCCAGUCAGAGACCCAGGAGCUGCUGGACGUGGUGAUCGCAGACCUGGACGGUGGCACUGUCAAUGUCCCCGAGUGUGUGCACAUCUCCCUGCUGCCAGAGCCCCUGCUGCAGCAGACCAGGGAGGCCCUGUCCAUGGUCCUGGACCCGGAGCUGGAGGUGGCCGACCUCGCCUUCCCCCCUUCCACCAUUUCUGCCUCUUCCCUCAAGAUGCAGGACAAGGAGAUCCGGGCCGUGUUCCUGCGCCUGUUUGCUCAGCUGCUGCAGGGCUACCGCUGGUGCCUGCACAUCAUCCGCAUCCACCCCGAGCCCGUCAUCCGCUUCCACAAGGCAGCGUUCCUGGGCCAGCGGGGGCUCACGGAGGACGAUUUCCUCACCAAGGUUCUGGAGGGCAUGGCCUUCGCUGGCUUUGUCACCGAGCGCGGCGCUCCGUACCGGCCCAUCGACCUCUUCGACGAGCUCGUGGCCUACGAGGUGAAGCGCAUGAAGGCGGAGGAGGGGAACAAGCAGAAAAUCCUGAGGCACAUCAAGGAGCUGGCAGAGAAACUCUACAAAAAUGAGAACCCCUACCCUGCCGUGGCCAUGCACAAGGUGCAGAAGCCCACCGAGGGCUGCCACCUGCGGCUGCACCAGAAGCCCUUCCCCCGCCUGGACGAGGGCACGGUGCAGUGGAUCAUCGACCAGGCCACGGCCAAGCUGCAGACGGCCCCGCCCGCCGUCAGGGCUGAGAAGAAGUGCAUGGUGCCCUCGGGGCCCCCCAUCGCUGCCAUCCUGGAGCGCAAUGGGAACGCGCUGGCCAACAGCGCCCGGCGCCUGGAGGUGGUCAGGAACUGCAUCUCCUACGUCUUCGAGAACAAGAUGCUGGAGGCCAAAAAGCUGUUCCCAGCUGUGCUGCGUGCCAUGAAGGGCCGUGCAGCCCGGCAGUGCCUGACGCAGGAGCUGCACCUGCACGUGCAGCAGAACCGCGCCGUGCUGGACCACCAGCAGUUCGACUUCGUCAUCCGCAUGAUGAACUGCUGCCUGCAGGACUGCACGGCCAUGGACGAGCACGGCAUCGCCGCCGCCCUGCUGCCGCUGGUCACCGCCUUCUGCAGGAAGCUGAGCCCUGGCAUCACCCAGUUCGCCUACAGCUGCGUGCAGGAGCACGUGGUGUGGACCAACAUCCAGUUCUGGGAGGCCAUGUUCUACUGCGACGUGCAGAACCACAUCCGGGCCCUGUACCUGGACAGCAGCGAGGAGAACCACUCUGAGCAGAGCGCGGAGGAGCCGCAGGAGGCCAAGUCAGCGCUGGAGAUCGCCUCGGAGCAGCUGCGGCUCUGGCCCACCAUGAGCAGGGAGAAGCAGCAGGAGCUGAUCCAGAAGGAGGAGAGCACAGUGUUCAGCCAGGCCAUCCACUAUGCCAACAGGAUGAGCUACCUGCUGCUGCCCCUGGACACCAGCAAGAACCGCCUGCUGCGCAGCUCCGGCCUGGGCGACGUCGAGAGCGUCAGCAACAGCUUCGUCACCAACAGCAUCGCGGGCAGCGUGGCCGAGAGCUACGACACCGAGAGCGGCUUCGAGGACGCCGAGAGCUCGGACGUGGCCAACUCGGUGGUGAGGUUCAUCAACCGCUUCGUGGACAAGGUGUGCACCGAGAGCGGCGUCACCAACGAGCACCUCAAGGGGCUGCACGUCAUGAUCCCGGACAUCGUGCAGAUGCACAUCGAGACGCUGGACGCCGUGCACAGGGAGAGCAAGAGGCUGCCCCCCAUCCAGAAGCCCAAGCUGCUGCGGCCCAGCCUGCUGCUGGGGGAGGAGUGCGUGCUGGAGGGGCUGCGCGUCUACCUGAUGCCGGACGGGCGCGAGGAGGCGGCCGGGGGCAGCGUCGGGGGGCCCCCCCUGCUCCCCGCAGAGGGGGCUGUGUUCCUCACCACCUACAGGAUCAUCUUCAAGGGAACCCCCACCGACCCCCUGGUGGGGGAGCAGGUGGUGAUCCGCUCCUUCCCCAUCGCCUCGCUGACCAAAGAGAAGAAGAUCAGCAUCCAGGCCCAGGCAGAUCAGUUCAUCCAGGAGGGAUUGCAGCUGCGCUCCUGCACGUUCCAGCUGCUGAAGAUCGCCUUUGACGAGGAGGUGGCCUCGGAGAGCGCCGAGAUCUUCCGCAAGCACCUGCACAAGCUGCGCUACCCGCAGCACGUGCGCGGCACCUUCGCCUUCACGGCCGGCCAGCCCCCCAAGCCGGCCAUGCAGCCCAAGGCCAAGGAGAAGAACCCCUCCCUCAGGACGCUGUCCAAGAACCUGGUGAAGAACGCCAAGAGGACGAUCGGCCGGCAGUACGUGACCCGCAAGAAGUACACCCCGCCUGCCUGGGAGCAGAGGGGCAGCCAGCACUUCCCCGAGGAUGAGGAUGAGAUCUCAGUGUCGGAGGAGCUGGACAGGAGCACGCUGACGCCCAGCAGCACGGUGCGGCCGUCGGACAGGAUGACCAUGACGCACGUGGUGGAGCGCGCCUGCUGCCGCGACUACCAGCGGCUGGGGCUGGGCACGCUGAGCAGCAGCCUGACCCGCUCCAAGAGCGAGCCCUUCCGCAUCUCCACCGUCAACCGCAUGUACGCCAUCUGCCGCAGCUACCCCGGGCUGCUGAUCGUGCCGCAGAGCAUCCAGGACAACACGAUCCAGCGCAUCUCGCGCUGCUACCGGCAGAGCCGCUUCCCGGUGGUGUGCUGGCGCAACGCCCGCACCAAGGCCGUGCUGCUGCGCUCCGGGGGCCUGCACGGCAAGGGCGUGGUCGGCCUCUUCAAGUCCCAGAACGCCCCCACCCCAGGCCCCUCGCAGGCAGACUCCACCAGCCUGGAGCAGGAGAAGUACCUGCAGGCCGUCAUCAACUCCAUGCCCCACUACUCGGACGCGGGCGGGCGCAACACCCUGAGCGGCUUCACCUCGGCCCACAUGAGCAGUGCAGAUUUCUCCGACAAGAGGCAGCAGCCUAAGCUGGGAUCGCUCAUGAAGCAGGUGAUGGGAGGGAAGGACGAAGGGCCUGGGACUUUGAGCCGUGGAGGGCUGGGUCACAGAGCCAGGGUCAUCACCCUGUCCUCCCCCAAGUGCGCGUCGCCGAAGGGCCGCGACACGCCCCGAGGGAAGUGGGGCAGCAUCCGGGCCAGCGGCCGCAUGAGCAGCUACGCCCUGAACGUGGAGAUCGGCUCCAGGCUGGCGGGGAAGGACCUGCUGGGGACACAGCACAACGGGACCCCCGCAGAGCCCUCCUUCCUGCGGCAGCACCGCGCCUCCCUCUACAUCAUCGGGGACAAGUCCCAGCUGAAGGGUGUGAAGCCAGACCCCCUGCAGCACUGGGAGGUGGUGCCCAUCGAGGUGUUCGACGUGCGCCAGGUCAAGGCCAGUUUCAAGAAGCUGAUGAAGGCCUGCGUGCCCGGCUGCCCCUCCAGCGACCCCAGCGUGGCCUACCUGCGCUCCCUGGAGGAGUCAGAGUGGCUGUCCCAGAUCCACAAGAUCCUGCAGAUCUCGGUGCUGGUGGUGGAGCUGCUGGACACGGGCUCGUCGGUGCUGGUCAGCCUGGAGGACGGCUGGGACAUCACCACGCAGGUGGUGUCCCUGGUGCAGCUCCUGUCCGACCCCUACUACCGGACGCUGGAGGGGUUCCGGCUGCUGGUGGAGAAGGAGUGGCUGUCCUUCGGCCACCGCUUCAGCCACCGCGGCGCGCAGACCCUGGCCGGCCAGAGCAGCGGCUUCGCGCCCGUCUUCCUGCAGUUCCUGGACUGUGUGCACCAGAUCCACCUGCAGUUCCCCAUGGAGUUCGAGUUCAGCCAGUACUACCUGAAGUUCCUCAGCUACCACUACAUUUCCAACCGCUUCCGGACAUUCCUGCUGGACUCGGACUACGAGCGCAUCGAGCUGGGGCUCCUGUACGAGGAGAAGGGCGAGAGGAAGGGCCAGCAGGGCUCCAAAUCCAUCUGGGACUACAUCGACCGCCUCAACAAGAAAGCUCCUGUCUUCUUCAACUACCUGUACGCACCUGAGGACGGGGAGGUGCUGAGGCCGUACAGCAACAUCUCCAACCUGAAGGUGUGGGAUUAUUACACGGAGGAGACGCUGUCCGAGGGCCCCUCGUACGACUGGGAGCUGCAGGGGCAGCCGGAGGAGGAGCCGGAGCGCCAGGACACGGCGGCGCCGCAGAGCAAGCGCCGAAUCAUCUGGCCCUGCUACGACAACCGCGGCCGCGUGGAGCCCGACGCCAUCUCCAAACUGCUGGAGGAGCUGCAGAACCUGGAGAUGGAGCUGGGGCAGGUCCCGGAGCGCUGGAAGGACACGUGGGACAAGGUGAAGGCGUCCCAGCGCACGGAGGGGCGGCAGGAGGGCAGCAGGACCCCCAGCUCGCUGCUGAUGUCGUCGGGGCUGUCCCACCAGCGGCGCUCGCUGGGCGUGUACCUGCAGGAGAGCGGGGUGGGCUCCACGCUCAACCUCAGCCUGGACAGCGACACCAGCAGCACCUCCACCCCGUCCAGCGGGAAGGUGGGCGGCCGCCGCAGCACCUCCACCCUCUACAGCCAGUUCCAGACGUCGGAGAGCGAGAACAGAUCCUACGAGGGCUCUCUCUACAAGAAAGGCGCCUUCAUGAAACCCUGGAAGUCUCGGUGGUUUGUGCUGGAUAAAACCAAACAUCAGCUGCGGUACUACGACAGCCGGAUGGACACGGAGUGCAAGGGGGUCAUCGACCUGGCCGAGGUGGAGUCCAUCACCCCGGGGACCCCCACCAUGGGGGCCCCCAAGACGGUGGACGAGAAAGCUUUCUUCGACCUGAAGACGACAAAACGAGUUUACAAUUUCUGCGCCCAGGACGUGCAGCUGGCCCAGCAAUGGAUCGACCGCAUCCAGAGCUGCCUGUCGGACGCGUGAGCCCGGCUCGGCAGAGCCGCAAUUCCAGGCAGGGCUGCCGACCCGCAGGGGAGCAGAGGCAGCGCCAGGCUCGGGGCCGAGCCGGGACUGAGGGAGAGGAGGAGCGGCCCUUCCUCCCUCCCGCCCGCCGGGCCGUGUCCGGGCUGGGAGGAUUCCUCGCGUUGAAGCGGGCGGGGGCCCGGCCCGCCCCCAGCCCCGUCUGAGCCGUGUCGUGACCCCGCGUCCUCCGUGUGCCCCCGCCCCGCUCCGGCUCCCUGGGCGGGGGGCCUGCGCCCCACACCCCCACCCCACACUGCUGGGGGAGCCAGAGCUGCCCCCUCGUCCUGCCCCUCGUCCUGCCCCCCUUGCAUGUCUGCCGAGCCCCCCGGAACCUGCCCUGCCCCUCCCGGCCUGGGAGCGAGUCCUGGGUGAGACCUGCGGCUCUGGGGGUGGCAGAGGGGACAGAGCCCUGUGGUGGCAGAGGGGACAGAGCCCUGCAGCUCAGGGGGUGGCAGAGGGGACAGAGCCCUGGGGGUGGCAGAGGGGACAGAGCCCUGCAGCUCGGGGAGCAGCAGAGGGGACAGCGGGAGCGCCGGGACCAUCCCGUGUUGUGGCGCCGCUCCCAGCUGUGCACAGGAUCGGCGAUGCUGGGAUGCUGCAGGUGUUGGCUCCGUGUCCCCGGGGGGACGUGGCCGUGGCCACUCUGCUCCCUGCGGGCAGGAGGCUCCCCGGGCUCUGGCCAGGGGGUCCCUGUCCUGUGGGACAGUCUCUACCUCCAGGCUGGCUGUCCCGGGGGGGACACGUUCGCUGCGGGAGGUGCCAAACGCUGCAGCCUCCUGGGUGUCCCUCUGUCCCCUCCCGGGGGUGGGGACCAGAGCAGCCGCGGGGUGAGGGUCCCCUCUGGCUGCAGCCACACGGGGCUGGGACAGGGCUGGGACAGCGGCUCUGCAGGUGCCACCCGCUCCCCGCAGGGUCUCCUUUGCACAGGUCACUCCCCCCGCCCCUCUCAGGGCUCUCCAACCCCCCCAUCCCACCGGGUGCCCCCUUUGUGCUCUGCCUGUGCCCAGCCCGGGGGGCGCAGGGGAGCAGCUGCUGUCCCUGUCCCGCUGUCCCUCUGCCCCUGUCCCUCUGUCCCUGCCCCGGUCCCUGCUCCUGUCCCAGUCCCUCUGUCCCAGUCCUUCUGUCCCAGUCCCUCUGUCCCUGUCCCUCUGUCCCUGCUCCUGUCCCUGUCCCAGCCCCGCUGUCCCCCUGUUCCCCCUCCCCCCCCCCGCUGCUGCUGCCCCUCAGUUCCGGGGGUCUCUCGGUACCGAAUCGGCUCCUGCAGCCCCCCCCGCCCCCGCACUGGUGUGAACUGGGGGGUUCAGCGUGGGGGGGACCCCAGGGGGCCCCGUGGGGUCACUGUGGCCCCGGGACCCCCCAGGACUGACCCCCCCAGCUCCCCCAGCCCCUCCACCCGUCUUGUUUUUAAAGUCCAGCGUUUUAUUUCAGUGCAGAGCUCUUUGUACAGUCGCCCCGUUCCUCUGUACCAUCCUGGCUGUGCAGGUGUAACACGGAGGUUUUGUAACUUACCCGAGCAGUUGUAGAUUAUUGAAGUUUCUGUACAUUGUGUCAAACAUGCAGAGUCCUUGUAUUGUAUUUGUGCCUAGAGGAAAAGGUUAUUCUAUAAAGAGAAAACUAACGGAAUUUAAUAAAAAAAUUAAUAUGA